AUGAAUGCCGAUAUAGAAAACCCCUCGACAGUGCUAGUGGAGGAAUUUAACUCUUCGCCUAAGCCGUAUGCCGAAAGAGAGUCCGGGGGUAAAUAUAAAUUUCCACCUACAUACACUCCUGAAAUAGAACUGCAAAUCCUACGAAAAAUGGAUAUCCGGCUUCUUCCAAUGCUUGCAGUCUUGUAUUUUCUUGCUUUCCUCGAUCGCGGUAAUAUUGGGAAUGCAAAAAUUGAGGGGCUACUUGACGAUUUUUAUAUGUCAGGGCAACAAUAUAGCUGGUGCUUGACGGUCUUCUUUUUUGCCUACUCCAUAUUCGAACUGCCUAGUAAUUCGACCUUGAAGAAAUUUGAGGCCCUCGAGAUAGCUGCCCCUUCUUAUGAUAGCCUGGGGCAUUGCUAUGGUAAGUCUGCUUUCGUUGUGACCCAGUUCAAGGGAAGCCCAUGGCCUUACCGGGAGAAUUGA